AUGCACGACAACAAGCGAACUCAUCCCCUGUUGGAACAAGUGCCCCUCACAGUAUCACCAUUUGUGUCUCUUCCAACAGCAACAACAUUAUCAUACAACUACAAGACAAUGCCUUCCAACAUUCCUCCCUCAUCACUAGGUGUGGAAGCCGCAUCAGACAACCCCGCAGGCCAAGUCAAACCCAAAUAUGUGGUUUCCGGCUCAGGUCACGCAGCGCAUCCUGAGGACAUCAUCGCUUCGUGCCGUGCGCUCUCGGCUUAUGUGACUAAGAUGCAGGAAGACGCGGACCGUGAACUCAGAGAGUUUGAUGAGAGGAUCAAGGCGCGCGAACUCGCCGAGAAGAGGAGAGUCGCACCAGGCUGGCUAGACAGCGAGAUGCAUAUCCUUGAGCCUGAAAAAAGUACACCUGUGCAGCAACAAGGUACUGGAAAUGUGCCCCAAAGUCAUGAUGCCCAGAAUGCCCAGGGCGGGAAUGCGACCUCGGAUCAGGGUGCAGAAUUGGACAGAGCCUUUGGUGGAAUGGAACUGAAAUGA